GCUGCUGGCAGGGAGGAAGGCCAACGAUGGCAGAACCUGGGACCCUACCCCCUGGCUUUGAGGAGCUCGAGGUGCUGGCUGUGGGGACAGUGCUGCUGGUGGAAGCACUCUCCGGCCUCAGCCUCAAUGGCCUCACCAUCUUCUCUUUCUGCAAGACCCCGGAGCUGUGGACCCCCAGCCACCUGCUGGUGCUGAGCUUGGCUGUGGCGGACAGUGGGAUCAGCCUGAAUGCCCUCAUUGCAGCCGUAUCCAGCCUCCUCCGACGCUGGCCCUACGGCUCGGACGGCUGCCAGGCUCACGGCUUCCAGGGCUUUGCUACGGCACUGGCCAGCAUCUGCGGCAGCGCAGCCAUCGCCUGGGGACGCUACCACCACUACUGCACACGCAGCCAGCUGGCGUGGAACACGGCCGUGCUGCUGGUGCUCUUUGUGUGGCUGUCUUCGGUUUUCUGGGCAGCCCUCCCCCUCCUGGGCUGGGGCCACUAUGACUAUGAGCCACUGGGGACGUGCUGCACCCUGGACUACUCGAGAGGGGACAGAAACUUCAUCAGCUUCCUCAUCACCAUGGCCUUUUUCAACUUCCUCAUGCCCCUCUUCAUCACCCUGACAUCCUACAGCCUCAUGGAGCAGAAACUCGCCAAGAGUGGUCGUCUGCAGGUGAACACCACUCUGCCAGGCAGGACACUGCUGUUCUGCUGGGGCCCCUAUGCCGUCUUGUAUCUGUGUGCAGCCGUGGCGGACAUGAGCUCCAUCUCCCCCAAACUGCAGAUGGUGCCUGCCCUCAUCGCCAAAACUGUGCCCACAGUCAAUGCCGUCAACUACGCCCUGGGCAGCGAGGUGAUCCGCAGGGGCAUCUGGCAGUGUCUCCUGCCACAGAGGAGCGUGCGGGGCCGGGCCCAGUGAGCCUCCGUAUGGGGCUGCUCAGACCCUGGACUGUUUCUGCCAACCUGGACCAAGCCCCACGCCAGCAGGCUGCCCCAGAGAGUCCUGCUCAGCAAUUUUGGAAGCCAAGCCCCAGAUACCAUCCAGCAGCCCUGGGAGCCCCGCGGAGCCUGGCCCUAGACUGGACGCAGGAAUUCUGAAAGAUACCAGCCUGCAUGGCAGGAGCUGGGACUUUGGAGCCAGGCAGGGCUGGGUGUGUGUCAUAGCCCUCCACGUGGAAACUAAGAGACCUGGGGAAAAUCACUGGGCCACCUGACCCCUAACACGAGGACACGAAUACAAACUCACAAGGUUGUUGUGAAGCGCAAACAAGAGGACAUGUACUCACACCAAACACAGAGAAGGUGCUCCUGGGGGCCAGUGACGUGGCACAAUGGGUUAAGCCACCAUCUACAAUGUCAGCAUCCCAUAUUAGAGCGCUGGUUCAAGUCCCAGCUGCUCAGCAUCCUAUUCAGCUCCCUGCUAAUGUGCCUGGAAAAUCAGCAGAUGAUGACCCAGGUACUUAGAUUCCUGCCACCCACGCGAGACACCCAGAUGGAGUUCCUGGCUCCUGGAUUCAGCCUGGCCCAGCCCCAACUGUCACAGCCAGUUGGGGAGUGAACCAGGAGAUGGAAGAUCUCUUUGUCUGCCUCUCUUUCUGAGUCACUCUUUCAAGUUAAAUGAAUCUUUAAAAUAAUAAUUGUAAAAAAAAAGAGAGAGAGAGAAGGUGUUCAUGAAAACAGAGCUGCUAGUACAAGCUUUGGUCAUGCCCUGCAGGUGAGAGUUCCCAGGGCUCGGGACAGCUCUGUCCUUUGCCCAGGACACCACUUUGCUGCCCACUGGAGCUUGCAUGUUCCCUGCAGAACCCAAGGGCUCACACAGGGGUCCCUGUCCACCCCUGGCCCACCCAUGUAGUCAGCCCCCCAGGGACCAGGUGUGGCAGGCGCACAAGUCCUCAGCAGGACCCACUGUGCUAGAGGGAAAUGGAGAUGGCUGGAUGAGUGAUCCGGAAGGGACAGGCAGUCUCGUGAUGGAGAGAAAACACCAAGGAGGCAGGCAGGAGCUGAGGGGAGGAACAGACAAGCCCCCGGGAAGGGGCCGUCAUGCACAUGGCAUCCAGGCUCCUUGUCGGCCGGUUCCUGGCUCUCAGCUCUGCAGAUACAGAAAAUCAGGCCACAUGGGCAUCACUAAUGUGGGGCCUGCCCACAACAUUGACCUCUGCUGUCGUUUUUGGAAAACCAGGGGUGGAUGGAGGGGGAGCAGCCAGGCCAGCACCAAGGGCCAGAAAAUGCAGCCUCAAGCAAUCCCUUCCUCCCUUUGCAAGCCAGCAACUGGGUGACCCCCUUCCCACCUGCCUCUGCCAUUUAGCCCUUGUUCAUUUCUUCUAUCAGCAUUCAAUGAGCAGCUGCUGUGUGUCAGACAUGGAGCUUGGGGCAGUGCCCCAGCCAUAUGACCUUUCCCAGUGACCUCAGCAAGACACCCACUGCCUCUUGAUCUCCUCAUGACAUCUCUGAGCACAAAAUAGGUGCUGAUGAUGGCUAGGAAGUCACCAGGCGAAAUAUGAUACAACUCCGUCCAAGCCAGAGGAACCAGGCACGGACAAGAGGGUUGCCAAGAAUAUCCAGAAGUUUCCUUCAGCAGCUCUGCAAGUCCGUGGCUCAAAACUAAGCCCUUUCCCCCUCAUCCCAGAGAAAUGAAAUCCAUACUCUUGGCUGCACUGUGUCCUUGCUUUGCGUGUCUGUUUCUAAAGAAAUAUUUCCACUGACUUUCAAUGCAUAGCCUGUUUCAGCUCCAAUUCUGGAUUUUUUUUUCUUCAAAAUUUCUGUGAGUUGCCCUGAGAAGCUAAGGAAGGACCCACACAUGCGCUCUGGCAGCAGGACCAGGUCCCAGCCCUGCUGUCCCCUCUCUGUGUGGCCUUGGGAGUCAAAACCCACUCUGGCCCCCUCUCUCCAUCUCAGUCUCACUGAGCUCCAACCAGGGCAGGUUUUCAAACGCUAUCAAAGUUCUCUUUUUCAAGCAAGGCCAUGUAACAGACUACAUUUAUAUCGUCACCCCACCCCCAAAGUCAGGUGUUGAAGCCCCCAGCCCCAGUGCGGCUGCAUUUGGAGACAAGAGGGGUUUAAGGAAGGAGAACUAGAUGAGGUCCCAGGAGAACAUUGUAGGAUGGUGAUCUGGAUUCCACAGGCUGGCAUCCUUAGAGCAAGAGACACAGAACUCUCCUGCUCGCUCCAUGUCCCCGUGCCCCUCGCGUGCAGCAGGGAAAGGCAGCCGUGUGCGCUCCACAGGGAGAGCCCUCACCAGACACUACCCCAUCAGCACCUCCAUCUCUGACUUCCAGCCUCCUGUGCUAUGAAAGAAUGGGUUUCCGCUGUUUGUCACCCAGUCUAGGGUAUUUCAUGACAGCACUUGUUCUAGCAAGCUACACAGUGCUCGAAGCUCAGUGUUUAAAACCAUGACGCUCAGCUUGGGGUUGUGUGAAACCCAACUCAGAUGGCGUGAAAUCCUAAGAUCUCCUCCCACUCAAAGGUCCGUUGAUCCCUGACUUUAUCUAACUGCUUUUAGCAAAAAAAUGUAAGUGCAGUAACAUGGUAUUCCCCACCCCUUCUAAUCUUCUUGCUGAGAAAAAUUGCUCUGCCCAUUGCCAAAACCAACUUGACAUAAAGUCACAAAUAAAGUUGCAAGGUUGUCACUGAUGUUAAGACCUGGCCUCUCCCCAAGACCUCCACUGGGACAAUUUCCCUAGGGAGGGGGAGAGGCUGUGUGCCUGAUUGUUAGCAAAUAUAUAAAUUAGAUAUAACCUAAAUUAAGUAUGUUUUUUUUUUUUUUUUGGACAGGCAGAGUGGACAGUGAGAGAGAGAGACAGAGAGAAAGGUCUUCCUUUGCCGUUGGUUCACUCUCCAAUGGCCGCCGCGGCCGGCACGCUGCAGCCGGCGCACCGCGCUGAUCCGAUGGCAGGAGCCAGGUGCUUCUCCUGGUCUCCCAUGGGGUGCAGGGCCCAAGCACUCGGGCCAUCCUCCACUGCACUCCCUGGCCACAGCAGAGAGCUGGCCUGGAAGAGGGGCAACCGGGACAGAAUCCGGCGCCCCGACCGGGACUAGAACCCGGUGUGCCGGCGCCGCAAGGCGGAGGAUUAGCCUAGUGAGCCACGGCGCCGGCCUAAAUUAAGUAUGUUUUCCCUCUUAAAGGUAAAGGAGAUCUCUAUGGAUUUUUCCACAUAAAGCCAACAACAAGGAAGUUACCCUGAACUAUUUGCAUCUUUCUCCUUGCCACAAAAUUGAUAAAUCUCUGCUGGUUCCUUUGUCAAAGGCAGUCCCAGUUCAUUUGGUUCAAAUACAAACUCACUCUCCUUCCCACCACAACGGCCUCCCUUCCUGCGUCCCCUAAGCAAAUAUCAUUCAUCGGUCCUGUCACAGAAGCUAAAGCUAAACCAAGAGAAAAUGAAACAAAAGGCAAAGAUCUGACAGGUGAAAGUGGGGCAGGGUCUAGCUUCUUCCACAAGGUGGCAGUGGUAGCAGUGCUAUCAUUUAUCAAUGAUAAAUCCCUCCCUGGCCAGCCUGCCUGCCUGCCUGCCUGCCUUCCUUCCUUCCUUCCUUCCUUCCUUCCUUCCUUCCUUCCUUCCUUCCUUCCUUCCUUUCUUUCUCUUUCUUUUUUUCUUUUUCUUUUUCCCUUAAGAUUCAUUUAUUUGAAAGUCAGAGUUACACAAAGAGAGGAGAGGCAGAGAGAGAGGAGAGAGAGAGAAAGAGAGAGAGAGAGAGAGAGAGAGAGAGAGGUCUUCCAUCCGAUGGUUCACUCCCCAUUUGGCCACAACAGCCGGAGCUGUGCCAAUCUGAAGCCAGGAGCCAGGAGCUUCUUCUGGGUCUCCCACGUGGUGCUGGGCCCAAGGACUUGGGCCAUCUUCUACUGCUUUCCCAGGCCACAGCAGAGAGCUAGAUUGGAAGUGGAACAGCCGGGUCUCAAAUGACCAUAUGUGCCCAUGUGGGAUGCUGGCGCUUCAGGCCAGGGCAUUAACCCACUGCGCCACAGCGCCGGCCCCCGCAGGUGCCUUUCUGAAGCACCUGGAAGCUCCUGGCCAGGCUGCUGGGCAGGUUACUGAUUCCCGCAGGACCUCCAACAAGCUAGCUUCUGCCCCUUCUUGGUUCAGAAGCCAGGUGUCCAGCUGUUUCUACCGUGAAUGAUCAUCCCUCCUCCAUAAAAGAAACUGUAUCUCAUGCCUGUUGGCCAGAGAGGUCCCAGAUGGCCCCAGAGAGUCCCCUUUUCUCUGCCUACGAAACAGUCACUACUGGAAUUUGGCCAGGAGGCCUGGGUCUGUUCUAUGCCUUAGUCUGACUAGAAGGAGGUGGGGGCAUUCCUGGAUUUCUCUGGGUUUUGUUUUCUUAAGAUUUAUUUAUUUGAAAGGCAGAGUUACACACAGAUAGAACUUCCAUCCACUUGUUCACUCCCCAAAUGGCUGUAAACAGCCAGAGCUGGGCAAAGCUGAAGCCAGGAACCCCGAACUUCAUCUGGGUCUCCCACAUGGGUGGCAGGGGCUCAAGCACUUGGGUCAUCUUCUGCUUUCCAGACCCAUUAGCAGGGAGCGAAUUGGAAUUGGAGCAACCAGGACUCAAACCAGCGUCCAUAUGGGGUGCAGGUGUUGCAGGCAGUGGCUUAAUCCACCGUGCCACAAUGUCGGCCCCAUCUCUGGGUUUUCUUGGGCUAAAAUUACAGGUGGGAGCUGGCUGUAAAUGUGGGAGCAGAACAGGAAGGCCCUUGAGCCCAGGGCCCCAGAGAAGCAGCCUGGACUUGGGGCAGAUGCAUGAUGGACAGCCGCUGGUGAUGGACAGUAGUGUUGCUAAGGCAACGAGUUCCGGAAAAGCCCUGGGCGAAGGCCAAGACAUAAUCCCUGGGCCUUCCCUCUCUGUGCUGUGCCCCCUCAUAAGCUGUCUCCUGGCCCCAGCACCACACACCUGUCCUUCCCUCCUGCUGCUCUGACAAGGGCUCCACUGUGUCCCAGCCCUGCACCCUCAGCCCAGCUGUCCCACCCCUGCAGCUGUCUCUUUCCCUCGUCCAGGUGAGAGGCCACUUAGCAGCUUGGUGAGCACUUAGCAUUGGGUGUUGGCAGGACCCGGGCAAGAAUCCAGCAUUUGUCACUUGCUCGAUGUGGCUAAGCUUCUCUGCUUGACCAGACUGUGGUCAGGCUCCUGAAACACCCCCAGUUCUGGCAAGGAGCCUCGCUAAGGCAGUCCAGCCAGAUACCCCAUCUCCUUAACUGAAGGGUCCUCAGCUCCAUCCCAGGUGGUGACUGGUCACCCUGGCGUUUCUCCAGCAGGAUUCCUGCCAGGUAGGUUCAGCCUCCUUCCAGUGACUUUUAUUUUAUUUUAUUUUUAAGAUUAUUUAUUUAUUUAUUUAUUUAAUUUAUUUAGGUAGAGUUACAGACAGUGAGAGAGAGACAGAGAGAAAGGUCUUUCUUCCGCUGGUUCCCUCCCCAAAUGGCCACAAUGGCUGGAGCUGCGCCGAUCCAAAGCCAGGAGCCAGGAGCUUCCUCCAGGUCUCCCACAUGGGUGCAGGGGCCCAAGCACUUGGGCCAUCCUCCACUGCCCUCCCAGGCCACAGCAGAGAGCUGGACUGGAAGAGGAGCAACCGGGACUUGAACUGGCGCCCACAUGGGUUGCCAGCUCAGUGACU